AUGGCUGACGAUUUGAGAAAUUAUAAUUUACAACUGCAGCAGGUUGAGGCGGCAUUGUUGACAGACCCUGAAAACGAAGAGUUGCUGAAACUGAAAUCGGAUUUGGAAGAAGUAAUUGAGUUGACACGCGAUCUUAUAAAAACUCAAGAGGGUGAAUCCAAAGUGCAUAAUAUUCAUAGUUCUAGUAAUAAUGAUGAUGUUGCAGCUUCCCUGCUGGCUGAGGACGACAACGAAUAUGUAGAGAAACCCAACUCAAAGUGGCAUCCUGGCGAGAAAUGCUUGGCGAAGUGGAAAACGGAUGGCGUGUAUUAUGAGGCAACCAUAGAAGAGGUCUAUGAGAAUAAUCUGAAAGUAAGGUUUGAUGGCUAUUUAAAAUCAGAGAUCAUAUCUAUACUGGAUAUUAAAGCAUUGGCAUCUGGAUCUAAGCGUCCUUUAAGUGGCGAUGAAAGCAAAUCUGGCAAAGGUUACAACAGAGAGUAUUUAAAAAAGAAAAAACAGAAGAAACAACAAAGAUUUAAGCAAAUUGAGGAAGAGAGGGAAAGUGAAAAGAAUAAGUGGCUAUCCUUUCAUACAAAGGCAUCAAGAAAGCCUGGUGUCAGAACAAAAAGUAUAUUUGCAUCCCCAGACAAUUUAACUGGCCGUGUUGGUAUUGGUACUUGUGGAAUUUCAGGAAAACCAAUGACAGAAUAUACUCCGGGUGAAAAGUGGAAGAAGGGUGGAUAA